AUGGGGAGGGAGAGGUAUGCGCAGGAUGGGGUAGCUUUCCUGCGGCUCCUGCUCCUGCUCUCUUCCGUCUGGUCGUGUGUGGGACAGCAAGUGAAGACCCGCAACCUCAAGGGCCCGGCGUCGCAGCCAUGGAAAUGCAAGCCGGUGAAGAUACAGGGGAACUGGCAUGGACACUACCUGCAUGAUACAACUUUCGUCAAGUGGGAAUGCGAGAUGACGUCAUCAGUGCAACAGGUCUAUCAGGCCACAGUGAACUACCGGCCAUCGAGCGAGAUGUUCAUGGACGUGAACAAUGUCUUCGGCGUAGCCAAGUCUCGAACUUCCACCGGAACAGUGAUCUUUCUCGGAAUGUUCGACAAGGUGGAUGACUGUGAGCUUGCCUGCUUCCGAUAUUCGUCAGGAGGAGCGAAGUGCAAUGCUUACUCGUGGCAUCGACCGGCAUUUGGGUCUCAUGAAUGGCGGCGGCAGUGUUUUGCUGUCGUCGAUGGCCACUGGGUACCUCAUCAACAAAAGGGAGUUGUGAGCGGGCGAGUGGUGCGCCACAGCACUUCCAUGCAAGAUGCAGAUGGUAGAGGAUGUGUCGAUCGCUGCAGCGGUCAUGGAGUCUGUCAGAACACGACGGGAACAUGCAUCUGUGACACAGGCUUCUCUGGUUUUGACUGCAGCGUGGAGGUGGCCUGCGACUCGGCGACAGUGGGAGGAAGGUGCUACACUGUCUUCGAGAAGAAGACUUCAUGGAAGAAGGCGCAGGAAAAGUGUAAGCUGGGAGGAGGAACGCUGGCGAUCCUGCAAUCGAAAGAGCAGCAGAAUGCGCUGCUCGGAGUGUUUGGAGGAUGUAAUAGUGCGUGGAUAGGUCUGAAUGACAUGAAGGAGGAGGGAUCGUACGUGUGGCAGGAUGGGCCCCGUGCCACAUGGUUCAACUGGGCAAAGAAUGAGCCCAACAACAAGGGCAACGAGGACGUGGUGUUGUUGCGGAAGGACACCAAGCAGUGGUAUGACAGCGCCGGGAAGGCCGGGAUGGCAGACUGCUAUGCUUGCUCCUACAAGGAGGGACAGAGCAGCGCACACGGAGAGGAAGCGUCCUCCUGCGCGAGAGACUGCUCGGGACAUGGAGUGUGCGGCGCAGUCACGGGGAUGUGCACGUGCGAGGAGGGAUAUUUUGGUGCAGAUUGUUCUAAGAAGACACCCUGCGAAGGGUUCACCCUCGACCAGAUGUGCUUCGUGGUGUACCCGGAGGCAGGAAGUAGGACAAAGGCUGAGGAGAAGUGCCGCAGCAGGGGAGGGCAGCUGAGCGGGGUUUACUCGCACCAGCACGAGCAGAAGCUGCUGCAGCUGGGCAGGGCGAAAGGAUGUCGGAUGCAGGAGAUGUGGAUAGGGCUGAAUGACCAAGAGCGGGAAGGAUCGUGGGAGUGGUCUAGCAGGGAGAUGAGCGACGUGGACUACGUGAACUGGCUGCCGUGGGAGCCCAACAAUGGAGCGGCCGAGAUAGGAGGACUCUCGCAAGAAGAGGAGGAUGGGGUGGUGAUGGACAAGUUCGGCUGGACAGACGUGAACAUCGCGCGGAGCAACAUUUCCUGCUUCGCCUGCGAGUUUGCAGGAACUGGUCUGCACGAAGCAUCCUCAGCCUUGAGCCGACAUGGCGAGAAGGCUCUUGACUCGCCCGUCCUCUUCAACUUCUUCGCUCCUGACUUGGACCCUGUCCUUCGUCGUGUCUCCUGCCCUCCAGGGGUCGGCGAGUGUGUCGACGAUGAGGAAGUUGGGGACGCAGAGCCGUUUGUGUGCUCUGCUCACGACCCCAACUAUAUAGACGAGGAGGAGGCCGAGGCGGAGGAGGAGGAAGAGGGAGCAGAAGCUGAAGGACAGGAGGGAGAUGAACAGACACUGGAGGAGGUGGUGCAGGAGGAGGAAGACGCGACGAACAUUCCUCCAGCAGCUGUAGUAGAGCUCCCGCCCAGCAAGUGCCGAGGGCCCCUGCCUCUCAUGAACACAACAGCGGAGCGAUGCUGGCGGUCCUGCUUCAAAGUGCAGGAGAGGUUCGGGGAGGCGGCGGGCGACAACUGCAGGCAGAUGUGUGUGAGGCUGGCCGGGUUGAUCAACGAGGACAUGGUGCUGGUGGCUGCAGGGGAAGGCCAGGACGUGCUGGACUUCUAUGCGGGAGUGAACAUAUCUGACCCCUCCAAAGUUGGGACUCAGGGGAGCGAGGAGGAGAAGCAAGUCAGGACAGAAGCGCUGGUCAAUAACGUCUGGGCGGCGGCUGUGCAUGUCGGUCAGCACGAGAAGGCGGAGAGAGCGAUCACGAAGCUCCUGCAGGCGCAUCCCAACUUCCUCAUGCUCCACUACACCCUCGGGGUUGCGCUGAUGACUCAAGGGAGACUGCAGGAGGCGAAGUCGUGCUUCCGUCGCUGCAUGGACAGCGGGGCUGUGAAGGCUCAGUGCCUCACGAGCAUGGGCAACAUCCUCCUCAAGCAGGGCCACGUCGAGGAGGCGACGCGCGUCUUCCUGCUGGGAACUUCUUCAUUCCCCAACUACCCUCCGCUCUUCAGCGGCCUUGCAGCAGCAAGACUGCAGCGAUCCAACCCCGAGGAGGCGUUCGCAAGCGCCCUGCGUGCUGUCCGUCUCCGCCCUUCGGUGGUCCACUACCGGCUGCAGGCAGCCCUUGCAGCCAGAAGGUCAGGCAACUCGACGGCAGCGAUCGAGAUCCUCCAAGAGGGGCUAAAGCAGCCGGGAGGACGCGACGAGGCGGCGCUGCACGUGGUGAUCGCAGAGGUAGCGGAGGGGAUGGUGGAGGAGCUGCAGAACAGGCGGUCACUGCGGUACCUGGAGGCGAACCUCUGCUCCGAUCGAUGUGCAUGGCAGCAAGGAAAUUCCUCCUUGCAUGGCGGAAGGAUCCCCCUGUUCUCCGAGUCAGCUCGCAUGGCACUGCGAUCUUAUCGUCUUGCUAUCCGUAGCCUGCGAAGGCUACGGGAUGAGGCUGAGAGGUGCGAGGAAACGUUCGGGAACGAGACAGUGAUGAAGUGCGGCCGCGCUCCUCCUCUCGUUGAGAUUCUUCGCCUUCGGGCGUUGAUGGCGAACCUGCUGGGAAAGCUCGGGGGAUGGGAGGAAUCCCUUGCCAUCCACUCCCAGAUCCUCGCGCAACGAGCAGGCUUUGUUCCUUCUCUUUUGGGAAAGGCAUCGGCUGCUGCAAACUUGCAGCAGCACAAGGUGGUUGGGGAGGCGAUCGAGAUUGCGAUGCAGCAAGGGAUGCAGAUGAAUCAAGCUCCCUCUGAGACUCGAGUGCUCUACGGAAAUGCGCUGCUCGAGCAUGCGAGAUCUCUCAUUCAGGAGGGGAAGCUCCGAGAGUCGCUUCCUUUGCUGAGAACAGCGAUGAAGGUCGAUUCCUCGAGGACGCUGCCGUAUGCUGUAGAUGCCUGGCGUCUCCUGUGCCGGGUCUACUACAAGCUGAAGCAUCCUGAACCAGCGACCUAUGCCUGUAGCUGGAGUGUCAAACUCUCCCCACAGGCUGUGGAGCCUCGACAAGCUCUGCAGUGGGCUGAGGAGGAGACGAAGGAGCUCCGCAGGCAGAGAGAGUUCAGAGAGCGAGCAAGGCAGCGCGAGCAGAAGGAAAAGCGCAAGGCGGAAGAGGCGAAGAAGAAAGUCGAGGAGGACAAGUGGAAAUAUCAGUUCGGAGAUGGCAGUUGGAGGGAAGGGAAAGGAGGAGGGCGAGGAAACAAGAAGGGGAAGCAAGGAAAGUCGCCUUCGCAAACCAAGAAGCGGGUUGUACGACAUCCUCGAGCUCAAGCCCUCCUGCACGCGUAG